AUUUAUUAAUAUAAUAACAUGGCAAUUGCAAUCCGUUGACCGUUGUAGAAUUGUACGGUAGCGCCUUUUUAAAAACGACUAAUGACGUUUUGCUUGUGACUUACGCAAGUACCUACUUGUUAGUUGUUAUAUUAUUUAAGUUGCUUGUGAUUAUCUCGAUUUAUAAUCGUACACGGUGCACGAUGAACGUUGAAAGCAACGAUGACAAAUAUUACCUGAGAAAGAAAUCACGACGAGCCGACGAGUGCAAGUCCAACGAUGAUUCAAUGUUUGCGGCGCAGACAUAUUUAUCUGUUGAUCAGAAAACAGACUGUGGUUCAACAUCCAUGAUGGAAGACAAACAGUACUGGUGUGAGCAAUGGGUUCUAGCUCAUCGUGAAGGCAAUGUUCCUGAAGAAAAAAAAUAUGUCGCUAAAAAAUGUGUUGUUACAAAUAAUUCAGAUGACACAGAGUCAUAUAAGUCUAGCUUGGAUUUAAAUAACUUGAAAGAGUAUAAGAUGCAACAACCUAGAAAAAAAAAACUUGAUUUGGAUUGUGUAAAAAUAAAUUACUGUUGUAAAUGGGCAGACUGUGAUUACGAAAUAUCUUGUUUGACAAAUUAUCUUCAACAUGUUGCCGAGCACGUAGAUUAUUUGUGGACUGAAGAAUGGCAGAGCAAUAAAGAAAAAUGGUUUUCAUGUUUGUGGAGCAAUUGUACAUUCCAAUCAAACUGCGAGGUGAAGUCUACAACUCAUGUAAAUUUCCACGCAUAUCACACACGGCUUAAAUGUGUUGGCUUGAAUGUUUUAAAUCUCUGUGAAAUACCUGGAUGCAAGUUAAACGGCGAUGGUGCUAACAUCUUACCAGAUUUACCAAGCGAAUUUGAAUGUAAUUGGAAAAAUUGUGUUGAUCGGUUUGAAUGUAUGCAAUACUAUGCAUAUCAUGUGGCUAAGCAUUUAGAAGAAACAAAAUUCAAAAAUUCUAACUUCGUCUGCCCUUGGACAGAUUGUACUUUACAAUUUACUGCCCGAUACCGACUAGUCGACCACUUAAAAAGCCAUACUCAAGAAAAAUCAUGUGCUUGUCCUAAUUGUGGUAUUAUGUUUGCCACUUACACUAAACUUAAAGAUCACUGUAGACAAUCAAAUAAAGACAAAAGCAAUCAAUGUAAAUGUUGUAAAAAAACAUUUUCAUGUGAACGACUUUUAAAACAGCAUGUUCGCCUUCAUAUAAAUUAUUUUAAAUGUCAUCAGUGUGAUGCAUCAUUUUCCAGAGCUAUACAAUUAUCAACUCAUAUUCGUUACCGUCACUUAAAUAUAAAACCUUUUGGAUGUCAUUUGUGUGAAUCUAAAUUUGUACGUAAAGUAGAUCUUACCACACACUUACGAAAACAUGCAUCAGGCCCAUUAUUCAAAUGUUCAAAGGAUGGCUGUGAUUUUUCAUGUCGAAGCGAGUACACAAUGAGAAAGCAUAUAGGGGUAGAACAUUACAAUGCAGAAGAACUGUACAAAUAUUAUUGUCAUAUGUGUGGUGAUUUGUUUUUAAGAGGUUCAUUUCUCACUAAACAUUUAAAAACUGAUCAUAACUUCCAUAAACCAGCUGGUUUAAAACGUUUCAGGUACAUUGAAGAUGACGACGGGUAUUAUAAACUUCAAAUGUCAAGAUAUGAAUGCCUAGACAUACAAGAACAAAAAAAAAUUAAGUUGAUCAAUUCCAAAAAAGUGGUCGUCAGGAAAAAAAGUCAAACUAUGUGCAAUGAUAAGCAAGCAAUAGAAUUUGUUGUUGAUAUUUUAUCAAAUACAAGCGAUGAUGAAGACAAUGAUGAUAUUGAAUAAUUUAAGAUAACAUUUAUUUAUCAUUAUUAUGUAAUAUUUUAGAUAAAUUAAAAGAAAAUUAUUUAUUAGGAUUUAGUUACCGCGUUUAUAUGCAGCAGUUAAUGUACAUAAAGUUAGUCCAAAAGUUGGAUGUAUUUAUAUUUACUCAAUAGGCAUUAACUACUUUCUACUGCGUAUAAACGUGGUAAGUGUUAACUUAAAAAUUAUAUUUAUUAAGAUUUUUAACAUGAUGAUAUUGACUGUCAUAAAAUAAUUACCAUUUUUUUUUUUGAUAAUUUAUAUUAUAUUUGUAGAUUUACUGAUGAAUGUGGAAAAUGACUAUAUUUAUUAAUCAGUGAUAAAAAUGUAAUUGUGUGA